AUGGCGUUCAACCCUAUCUACACCGCUUCCGGCAAGCGCUUCCCCGAGGAAGUAAUGCAACAUAUCUCGCACGAAGUCCUCUCAAGCUCCGACUCGUCCCUUCUCAAGGUGCUUCAAACCAUUUCGAAGGACAUGUACAAGAGUGUCACUCCAGUACUUUACCGACACAUCAGACUCUCCCGCAAGUCAUUUGACAAACUGUUCAAAACUCUGAAGUCGAUCCCCAAAAUCCAAGUGCCUACCCUCAUACAGGUCUCUUCUUCCUCGCCGAAUGCCAAUCUUCCGAGUACUUCAAGAAUCCGCCAAAAUCUUUCAUAUAUUCAAAGAAUCAGUAUCGAUCUUACCGAAUUCUCAAUAAAAGAAUACCAGUACGACCGGAUGUUAGGUCUUUUGACCUUCCUGCGAGAAUGGAUGGAUCAGCUUCUGUUGCCUAACGCGUCUUCCAUCUGUUUUAGACUCUCAUCAAGACAUAAUCCCCCAGAGAAAGUCCUUACGAUCAUUCGUUACCUUUGUAAACCGAAAAACGUAUGUGUCAGGUGGGACCAGUAUGAUCCGGAGGAUGAAGAUAUCUAUGAAGAUGAUACCUAUGUAGAUGGUGAGAAAGAACAUGUUGGUAUCAGACCGAUGCCUUCCACUGGAUCUUCAGACGAGAAAAUCACGUUCCAUAAUAUUGAUGUGAAUCUCCUUCAAAACAUCGGUGUUUCGUCAAAGUCGACCAAAUUGUCUUUGGGAAAGAUAACCCCUUGCCAGAAGGUAUCUCAAAAUUUGAAUGGUAAAGAAAAGGAAUCUUAUUAUUGUAGAUACCAUGAUAGAUGGCCGUACGACCACGAGGGAAAAUGCGGGACGUUCUAUGAGACGGAGCCACAACGAGAACUCCUGCGACGUGUCAUGGGUCGAUACAGCAGUUCGUCAGAAUUUUCGAAAGUAUUUGUAGUGCAAGGAGCCUCGGAACACUCCAUGCGAGAAGACGAACUGAGGGCUUUCAAGAAGGAGUAUGACCGACAGUUGGAAGAAGCAGUAUCAGGUGGGAGAGUGAAGAACCGUAGUUUGGAUAAGGCUAGACAGGUCAAGUGGUAUAUUGGCAAGGACGUAGCUGAUCAACCCGAGUGCGAGGUUUGCGGUGGUGAGUGA